GCUUCCUCUCCCAGGGAAUGUGUGUUUCCAUGUCUCUUUCCAAAUAAAUAUAUUCAAGCUGCCCUUAACGUAUCUUGGUCGAUGCUUUCCUUCCCUCUGCUCGCAAGCCGCUAUUUGCUGUGGCUGAUCUUGCCGAGAUCUCUUACGUUGGCGGCGUCUGUACUCUAUUCUCCAAGAAAGAGAAGUUGUCAGAUCCCGUUUUCAGUAAUUUUCCUUAACAGGAUUGUUCGUUUAUGUCCAGUGCGCAAAGAAUGAGAUCUCCGCUUGGCAGUUAUCCAACCUUGUCACACUGAAGCAGUUGCCCUGGCAGAGAAGAUAUGUUCCAUCCGUUCCUGGCCCCUAAAGGAGUUGAAGAUCGCAGUGCUAUCCAUCUUAAUCUCGAUCUUAAUGAGCUGCCUGAGACAUCUUAUUUCAAGGAGAAAGUCCAAAGGAAAGAGGAGAUUUGGAGUGCGGAGGACAGGGUUGAUGGGCUGAAAAUGAGUAGCGUUUCUAGAGUCUGUGUCGAUUGUCAAACUACGAAGACUCCGUUGUGGAGGAGUGGGCCGCGCGGGCCUAAGUCUCUGUGUAAUGCUUGCGGAAUCAGGUACAGGAAAAGGAGGAAGGCGGCGGCGGCCCUUGGAUUUCAGAAGGAAGAUAAAGAGAAGCAAGGGAGGAGGAAGCAUGUUGGUGUCCCCCUCAAGUUUAAGAUCUUAGGGAACGAGGAGGAAGAGGCCGCCGUCCUGUUGAUGGCGCUCUCCUGCGGUUCUGUCUAUGCUUGACUCUCUCGCUUUCUCAUUCUCAAACAGGGGAGAAACGAAGAUGGUAUCCAAGUUGCUCGGAAAUAGAGAUCUCUCUCUCUCUCUUUGUCUUUCUCUCUCAUCUUGCUUUCCAAUUACUGCACUAGUAGAUGCUCCAAAACAAUUAAAAUCUCAACGAUAUUCGAAGGUUGAGGUGAA